GUAAGAUCUUUGCAAAGCAAAGAGAAGAAGAGUUCAGGAAUUGUGAGUUGUUGAGUAGAGAACUAGAAGGCUGAGGACAAUGACAUAGCACGACCGUAGGUUGUCUGUAGGACAAGGAUAGGUUGCAGUGGCCAUGGAGGCCACCGGCUUUGUAAAACUUAGCGAUGAGAAUCUCCAGAGGCAACCUGAGGAGGUCUUUGACCUCCUGGAGAAACUUGGUGAGGGCUCUUAUGGAGCUGUCUACAAAGCCAUGCACAAGGAAUCAGGUGAGCUGAUUGCCAUCAAGAAAGUACCCGUUGACAGCGACUUGCAGGAAAUUAUUAAAGAGAUUUCUAUCAUGCAGCAGUGUGACAGUCCAUACGUAGUAAGGUAUUAUGGUAGCUACUUCAAGGACCAGGAUUUAUGGAUUGUCAUGGAGUACUGUGGAGCUGGAUCAGUUUCUGACAUCAUGAAAGCGUGCAGGAAAACUCUGACUGAGCCAGAAACAGCUACUAUUCUCCAGGCAACGCUGAAAGGUCUCGAGUAUCUGCAUUUCAAACGUAAGAUUCACCGUGACAUCAAAGCAGGCAAUAUCUUGCUCAAUUCAUCUGGCCACGCGAAACUGGCCGAUUUCGGUGUUGCCGGUCAGCUGUCAGACACGAUGGCUAAGCGGAACACUGUGAUCGGUACACCGUUUUGGAUGGCGCCGGAAGUGAUCCAGGAGGUCGGCUAUGAUUGCAGAGCAGAUAUCUGGUCAGUAGGAAUCACUGCCAUUGAGAUGGUCGAAGGCAAGCCACCGUACGCUGACAUUCACCCUAUGCGAGCAAUAUUCAUGAUACCCAGCAAGCCACCGCCAAAGUUCAAAGACGAGGACAGAUGGACGCCCGGAUUUCGUGAUUUCCUGGAGCAGUGCGUCGUGAAGAACCCGGAGGAGCGUGCGACAGCCACAUCUCUGCUCCAACAUGAUUUCAUCAAGAAUGCUAGUACGUCAAAUUCAUUGAAGACGAUGAUUGAGGAGGCAAUGCAUCUGAUGAAAGAGGCACAAGAAGCUAGUGAUGGUGAAGGUGACGGAGAGGAUGAUGACGACGACGACGAUGAGAACACCGGUACCAUGGUGAUUUCCUCGAGUGUCCCGGAUGUGUCUUCAUCGGGUACCAUGGUAACCAAGAGUAGCAGUGACGAUGACAUGUCGACGGGUACCAUGGUGAUGAACAGUGGCUCGAUGGUCAUCAAGCCGAUGUCGGAUACGGGUACCAUGGUUCUAAACGGUGAUGAGGAUGACGGCAGUAGCUGUGGUACCAUGGUUAUGAACACGGACUCAAUGGUCAUAAACUCUGACUCUAUGGUCAUUACAGACACAAUGAAGUGUGUAUCAGACGGUACCACGCAGGUUAGUGGCGGCAAUGACCGGAAAAAGGACUACCGGCCGUCGUUCAUGGACCAUUUUGACAACAUGAGUGCCGAGGAGCAGCGGGAAAUAGCACCCGUCAAGCAAGUGCCGACAACGUCGGACUUCGAAAUGCUUGGCAAGCGCUCGUACUCGGAGCUAAAGGAACGUCUUGCUCAGCUGGAUCCCGACAUGGAGAGAGAAAUUGAAGAGCUGCGGAGACGGUACCAAUCAAAGCGGCAGCCUAUCCUCGAUGCCAUGGACGCUAAGAGGAGAAGACAAGCUGAACAGAAGUAGGGAGAAUGAAAGAGAGUGGCUGUAGAAGUAGCUGUCUUCUCUCUCCUUCCGAUUCAGCGCCGCGUGGACUUGAUUAGGCUCGGCAGCCACUCCGGUGAACUUCCCAAUUUUUCUCUCCCUUUGCUUUGCUCUGCAGCGUUGGCGGUGACCUGGAGGGACUUCUAGCGGACCUUUUUACAUACAUAGAAAAGUAGUGCUGCUGUCGCUGCUGCUGCUACCACAGUUAUCACAAACCAUGAAAAAUCGCCCCAGCCAUACUACCAUGCACCAUCUUGUACAAAGUCGAACCACAAAUCUGCCCUCAUCAAAUGAAAAAAACGUGCUUGAUCCUGGCUACAAUACUAAUUAUAUUAUAACUCCUCCGUUCCUCGGCAGCUGCCAUGUGAUUCAUAUGGCCGUUGCUGUCGCUGUCAUCUCUUGGUCUGACCAUGUUUGCUAUCAUUAUCUACCCGGUAUCUGUGUUUUUAACGUCUUUCUAACUUUAACUGGCAAUGAGGCAAGAAAUUGUAUGCUCUAUAUCAUCAAUUUCUCCAGGAGACUGCCAUUCUCCAUUGCUUUAUAUCUUUUAAUUUCCUUCCUUUGUGAUUCUUGGCACCGACUAUCCAAGUAAGUUGUGCGUCGCUUGUGCUUCACCAGCUCAUUUCAUCGUGGCAAUUGUUGACCUUACGCUCGUCUUGUGUUUAUUCUAUUCUCAGAUGUGGCACCGCUGCCGCUGAAUCAUUGCACACUUGAGGACUGCUGUUCUACUCCGCUUGUUACAUUGUGCUGAUCGGGAGUUCACCUAUUACAAGCUGCGUCGAGUGUGUCUUUGCCCGGGCGAGUCGUGUGGCACGAGCUGGUGAGUUGUGCAAGUGUGUAUGACUCAUGUCUUUCUUGGCCCUGGCGUGCGUGUCCAGCUGUUUCUACUCUUACCAUGCAUGUGUCAAUGCUGAAAUACAAGUCUACCGCUGUGCUGCACAGCUACAUGAAA